AUGUGCAUCAGGUCCAGUGAAGGAACAGCAGUCUCCAAUGCUUCUUCUUCACAACCAGAAGUAUCAUCGGCAAAACUCAAAUCUCUCGUCAGCACUUUGCUAGAUUCCGCAGACCAGCAACCUUUGGAGGUAUUCCCGAGGUUUAAAGGUCCAGAUGUCCACAAAAGCUUUGCGGAUUGCCUCUACAGUUGUCUAGUUCGUUCCAAAAUCCGCACUUUCAGGAAUGCGGAAGAACUCCAUGACCAUAAGGGUAAGAAGAUUGCCCUUCUCUCAUCCAGGCCACCAGUGAAUCAAAUGUAUAUAUCCCAAUCUUCACAAAGGGCUGUGCUUCAAGCAAAUGGUUCUUUAGGAACUAGCUAA